GAAGGAGCCAUCUGACACAAAGGGGAAGUGGGAAAAAGGAAGCCCAGAAGAGCAGGAAGAAGAGCGCACUCCCAGCCCCUCAUUAACAAGCAGCUCCCAUAUGACGAUGCCCCGCUCCAUGCCCUGCUGAUGGCAGCCGUGAAGGGUCUGACAACACCCACCCUGCAGAGAUUUAGAGCCGCAGAGGAAGAGCUGAGGGCCAUCGUAUCUCUCCACGGAGACAAGAUGGAGAGAGUUGGAGACGUGGUGGGAGGGAUCUUAAUCUGGCUCGACAACAGCUGUGAUCCCAGAGCCAGAAGAGCAGUGCUCAGGGCCAUGGCCUUGCUGGCUCGCUCCCACCCCCAGGACGUGGUUCUAACCUGUGUGGCUCACACGCUCUCAUCGCACAGAUGUGCCAUUGAGUUGUGGAAGGCCUUGGGUGAAGAACCACAGCUCACCAGGGAGGUGCUGCAGCAGCUGCUGGACAAGCUCCAGCAGAGACGCCGGGAGGAGAAGAGCAGCCAUGUGUCUCUGGCUGCAAUGAAGACCAUUUAUGAGCUCCUUUUCCUACGGGGAUACCGAGAAGCCAUCCUGCAAAUGUAUCCCCAGCUGCUCAUUCUCUGCGUCAGGCAAGUGCAGUACGUGCUGGAUCUGCACUUGCCAGGGACCUACAUGGCCAGGCAGACAUCCAGCCCCGAGGAGGGAUCCAGCUGCCUCAGCCUCCUAAGCACCUCAGUGGAGGCUGUGAAGACGCUUUUCUCCAUGCCCGGCUACUGGAAGGAAUUUGCCAGCAUCCACUUUCAUCGGGGUUGGGACAUGAUAGCCUCCCGAUAUCACUACUCGCAGGGGGUUGGCCUGAUUGCAAGAGCCAUGAUCGAGUUUGAGAACCCUCAGCUCCCUGCAGUUUUCAGAGAGGCAAUCACCAUCGUCCAGAGUGGGAAGGAGGAGGAGCAGAGAACUAUCGCCCUGGCUUUCUGCACUGAGUUUCUCCAGAGUCCUUCCAUUGACACCAUCCUGACAAGAUCAGUCCUCCAGGCACAGCUCAUGGACUGGACCAAAGAUGCAAAUUCCAUCAUACGGAGGCUCAGUCUGCGAGGCCUUGGCAGUAUUGUGUUCCAGCCAGAAAAGGUGCAAUUCUUACGGGCCCAGCUGCCAGCAAUCCUGGCCGUCUUUUGUGACAGGGAUGGAGGGCGUGUCCUGGAGGCCAUGCAUAAAGCUGCAGACAUCAUCCACCUCCUCAACAGGGAGGGGCUUGGCUCCAUCUCCCAGGAUAUUGCAGUCAGCCUUCGCCCCUUCAUUGAUGAUGAGAAGGGCAGUGUGCGCUCAGCUGCCAUUGUACUGCUUGGCAACGUGGUGAGCAGGGUGCAGGACCCCGACAAACCCUUGGUGCAGCAGGAAAUCAUCCACUGCUUGCUCCCCCUGCUGCUGCAUCUUGAAGACCAGGAGGAGAGUGUGAAACUGUCAUGUAAACUGACGCUCUUCCGCUGCGCAGUCUUCCUCAGGUGGGCUCAUUUGAAGACGCUCUUCCGCAGCAUGGCCUGGGAUGGCUCCUCACAGCUCUUGAAGUGUGUCUGGAUCUGCUUGAUGCAGAACAACGAGAGCCACAUCCCCAAAUUCCUGUUCCAGGCCUUACAGUACCUGGAAAGCUCACAGACAACAAUAAGACAUUCAGCAGCCCGAUUCAUUGGAAAUACUAUCCACCAUUACUGCGAUUUGUUGUCUGAAACCGUGAAUGAAGAUGGCAUCUCCCGCCUGUAUGAAGCUUUUCACGAAGUGCCUUUGAAAUCGGACAGGACUACGUGGUACAUCCUCAACAGAUAUUAUAAAUAUUUGCAGCAGCUUGAAAAUCUCGUGUUGGGUUCUGCAUUCGACUAGGGAACCGGGACCGACACCGAAGAGCUCUUUGUCCUGCUAUGACAUCGAGAGGCCAACAGCAGCCAAUUGAGCCCACCACUGAUCCCAUCUCUUGUGAGACGGCAAAGCAGCUUUGAUGGGAAGGAGGAGACAGAAGAGGCCGAGCAGCAUGUGCUGGGCUGAACCAGCCACACAGAACCCCAUAGUCUAGGUGGAGAAAGCCAAGCCCCUCCCCAGCCCUGCCGGACAUGCUCCAACUGGAGCACCAGAGUGUAAGGGAGCAGCUCAGCUCACGCUAGGCAGACCGCUGAAAAUGGAGGAUGCACACUGUAGGCUCCAGUCCAGAAACAGCUCAAGCCCCUGACUGCAGAGCUCCGAGGCGCCGAGACCCAGCCGCAUCCCCGGGGGCCUGCAGACAUGCAAGGGAGAUCGGAGACUCUGGGAGUUUCCCACGCCGGGAAUCCAGAGACCCCCAGCCCAUGGCCUAGAGACAUCUCCUAGGAAGUAACCUGGGUGAACUAGCCAUUGUCAUCCCCAGGCUGGAUCCCCACUGACUCAAUGGCAAACACAUUGGCCACGGACGAGGCCCUGGGCGAGGAGCCGGUGGAGUAACGAGGGCCUGGGUCCACCUGCCCUGGCUGCCAUCCAUCCUUUGGUGGCUGCCCACGUCCCCAUUGACCCACUAGACUGCACAGCCCCAAGAGGAGGGGCAACCAUCUUGCCUCUGAACUCUCAGCCAAACAGCCCUGCACUGACGGGCAGCUAUACUGACUCCGGCCGUUGGGCCACACAGCAUUGAGGGAGAGAGUAACCAUAUUGUCCGUUGCCAUCGGGCCACACGGGCGUAAGAGACAGGAUAGACAUAUGGACUCUGAGCGUUGAGCCACACAGCCCCGACGGAGAGGACGGCCGCACGGACUCUGGUCGCUGGGCCACACAGCCCCGACGGAGAGGACGGCCGCACGGACUCUGGUCACUGGGCCACACAGCCCCGACGGAGAGGACGGCCGCACGGACUCUGGUCGCUGGGCCACACAGCCCCGACGGAGAGGGCGGCCGCACGGACUCUGGUCGCUGGGCCACACAGCCCCGACGGAGAGGGCGGCCGCACGGACUCUGGUCUCUGGGCCACGCAGCCCCGACGGAGAGGGCGGCCGCACGGACUCUGGUCUCUGGGCCACGCAGCCCCGACAGAGGGGGCAGCCGCACUGACUCUGGACGUUGGGACACACAGCCCCGACGGAGAGGACGGCCGCACGGACUCUGGUCGCUGGGCCACGCAGCCCUGGACAGAGAGGGCAGCCGCACGGACUCUGGUCGCUGGGCCACACAGCCCCGACGGAGAGGACGGUCGCACUGACUCUGGGCAUUGGGACACACAACACUGCAUGGGAGGGCAGCCAUUUUGACACUGGGCAUUUGGCCAAACUACCCUGAGGCUUAGGGAAGUUAUUUGAUGUCAACCAUGGGACCUCGCCCCUUCACUCCUCAGACAUCGCUCAUCUGUCACCAUGAGACCGACCCCAUGACAUAAGACUUUUGGGGUCAAGAUGCAAACAGGAGUAGAAGCAAGGAGUGCCAUGUGACCCCUCUAAGAGAUCCUCCCACUCCUUUACCAAUCUGGGGGUGUUUUAUCUCCAUCCACCUGCCUCAGGAAUGGAUUUGAGCAAUUGGGGAAUGUUCUGGGGCAGAGUGACCCAUCCGGAAGUGGGUCACGUGACCCUCCGAGAGCUCCUCCCACUUGGGGUGGGCCUCAGCCCCUUAGGACCAACCAGAGAGGGGAUUUCACCAAACAGGGUAAGUGCCAUGGUGGGGUGACCUGCCCGCAAGAGGGGUCCACCACCCCUCCAUGAAAUCCCCGCACCCUCCUCUGCUAAUCAGUCAGGGUUUCGCACACACGCUUUAGGCCAUCCCAGAAGGGAAACGUAACGAUCAGAAUAGGCAGUGCCCGAAGGUCUAGGCCAGAAGCCGCCGAUCUCUGGAGCUCCAUGUUUGCGUGGCUGGCAGCAUCGUCCUGGAAGUCGCAACACAACACUGCGGGGAAGAGCCCGUCUCGUUCCAAGGAUGUCUUUUGAAGAAACCGUGGCCUAGACCUUCGGGCUAUACCUGUUCUGGAUUGGUACACAUUUCCCUUCUGAGAUGGCCUAAGGUGGGAGUGAAACCCUCGCCAACUGCUAGAGGGUGGUUUGGGGACGUUUUAGAGGGACCACGGGAUCCUGUUGCGGGCAGGUCACUCCACUGCAGCACUUCCCUUCUUUGGUCAAAUCCCGUCUCGGGGUGGUCCUACGGGGCUGACGCCGACUUCAUUUGGUAGAGGACACAGGGAGGAGUUCUCAGAGGGGAUAUACAACCCCCUUCUGCAUGGGUCACCCUGCCCCGCAACGUCCCCUGAUUGGUCAAAUCCAGUGUUACGAAUUACACCUGGUAGGACACGCACACAACUGCUGCGAAUUAUACCUCGUAGGACACGCACACAAAUGCUACGAAUUACACCUGGUAGGACACGCACACCAGUGCUGCGAAUUAUACCUGAUAGGACACGCACAGUUCGAAUCUAGGCUGAGGCACAGAAACAAAGUCCACAACUGCAGAGUUCCCAAAAGACACUAAGUUUAUUACGCUCAAGCGUGGUGCCCCCCUGCUAGCCAGGAGGGGACCCUGAAUACAGAUUAUACAAAGGUUAUAUACUUUUUUCGGAAACCUUAGCCAAUAAACAAACCCUUGUCUUAUC